AUGUCAGACUCUGCUGCAGAAACCCCCGAAGUUGAAAUGAAGGACAUUAAGGAGGAUUUAGAAGAAGAAGAAGAGAUACCUCAAACAGAAGAACAAGAGGAAGUGUCUAUGGCUGAAGAUGAUGCCGCUGAAAAUAAUGAUGUAGAAGACGAUAAACACGAAAAUAAUGAAGGCAAAAAUGACGAAGACAAAAAUGAUGAAGAUGAUAAAGUGGUGGACUUGGGUGAGAUCUCUAAAUCUAUCGAAGAGAAAGCUAGACAAUUUUUAGCCAAACAGACCAGACCAGUAAUCAUUCCCUCUUUUGCAGCGUGGUUUGACUUGAACAAAGUUCAUGAAAUUGAAAAAAGAUCAUUGCCAGAGUUUUUCACCAAUGGCUCGAGAUUCAAGACAGAGAGCAUUUACAAGAAUUACAGGGAUUUCAUGGUCAACACCUACAGAUUAAAUCCGAUUGAAUAUUUGACAGUGACUGCUUGCAGAAGAAAUUUGGCGGGGGAUGUGGCUUCAAUAAUAAGGGUUCAUGCCUUUCUUGAACAAUGGGGUAUCAUAAAUUAUCAAAUAGAUCCAAGAACUAAGCCCUCAUUACCAGGCCCUCAAUUCACCGGCCAUUUCCAAGUUUCUUUGGAUACCCCUAUGGGCAUCCAGCCUUUUAUUCCAUUAGAUCCUACGGAAAAAGUCAUUAAAAAAUCAACUGGAUCAGCAUAUGCCCAGCUUGGCAGUGAUGAUUCUACACAAGAGAAGAAUAAAGAUGAUGGUGGUUUAUCAAUCCCAUUGAAUUUAGAAAUAAGAAAAGACAUUUUUGACUCUUCAGAAGAUGCGUUGUUGUUGAGAGAAAAGGAAAGAUUACAAUUGACUAAUAACGGUAAUAAAAUUUAUAUAUGUAGCACUUGUGGCAAUGACUCGACUGAAGUCCGUUAUCAUAAUUUGAGAUCUAAGGCAUCUAUUUGUGUUUCAUGCUUUGAAUCUGGUCAUUUCCCGUCCAAUUUCCACGCUGCAGAUUUUAUUAAAAUGAUUCAUAAGAAGACAUUGACUAAUACGGGUGGUUGGAGUGAGCAAGAAACCUUAUUGUUACUCGAGGGCAUUGAAAUGUUCAAUGAAGAUUGGGAUAAGGUUGCUAAUCACGUUGCCACAAGAAACAAAAGACAGUGUAUUGCAAAGUUCUUACAAUUACCGAUUGAGGAUAAGUAUUUAAACAAAAAUAUUUCAAAGAAACUUUUGAAAGGACCUAAAAUUGUCAGCAAGGGAGAUAGUAUCUUUAAGCAUAAAGAAACCGAUGCUGUGCUACAUACUAUAAGCUUUUUGCUUGAUAAACUUGAUCCAGAAUUAGCAGCUACCACAACUAAAACUUUGCAAGAAGAGUUACUCAAGAAGAAUCUCAAUAUCAAUGAAAUGUCUAAAUCAUCGGACUCAACCAUUAUGGGGGAAGCUGAUGAGGAAAUUAUGAAGGCUGCAAAGGCUGCAUUUGGCGUAAUGAAUUCUAAUUCUAUAUUCGAACAAUUGAAAGAACUAAAACAGCAGCAAAAGAUUCUUAAUCAAAUUGCUGCAUUGCAGUUGAAGAAGGUGGACUUGAAACUCAAAUCUCUUAAUCAGUAUGAAAAAAUUAUUCACAAUGAAAAAACUGAAUUGGAGAAUGAGAAGAAGAAAUUGCUUAUGGAUAGAUUAUCAUUUAGACGUCAAUCAUCUAUGGUGAAGGAUAAGGUUACUAAUGCAAUCCAGUUGGUUGCUGGUACAAAUGGUGAAGUAAGUCAAGAAACAAUUGCUAAAUCAAAUAGUCUUUUAACUGAGGCUAUGGACGAAGUUAAAAAGCCAAGCAGAGUGGUUGUUUUGGACAAUGUUCAAGAAGCGGGUGGUGAAAUUGAUGCAAUCGACAACGAUGCUGGUGUGGAAGAUGAUGAUGACGAUGAUAGCAAAGAGAAUUCAGCUAUUGAUGCUAAGAUGAACCCUCUUUCUUUAGAUAAACCACAACUAUUCACGGUUUGGGAAAGUUAA